AUGCCCCGCAUCCCCAGAGCUGCCUCCCUCGGGGGCUACAUCCACGCCGUCCGCGAGUCGUGCAAGACUGCGCGACACGCUCCUCCGCUCGCCGGCCUUCGCGCGACCUUCCCCCGCCUCCGCACCACCCACGGCUACGCCCUCCCGCUCGCCUUCCCCUCCCCCGCCGCCGAGCUCAACCUCCUCGCCGCCCUCUCCCUCCUCAACUUCGGCUCCGGCUACCGCGCCCCGCUCCACGCCGCCGCGGCCCGCGGCGCGUUCGACACCGUCCGCGCGCUCGUCUUCGGGAUGCACAUCUCCGAGGGCGCGGGCGGCGGAUAUUUGAGCGCGCGCGGGAUGCAGGCGGCCAGUGCGCAGGACGUCGCGGAGCUCAUGGGCGUGGCGGGCAAGCUGCAUGUCGAGCGGGCGCACGAGAGCAUACCCGGGCUGACCGUGGGCGAGCUGGGCGGCCCGGUGUGGGAGCUGGUGAGCCUGGUGACCGCAGUGUUGAACGAGACGGGGGCGGUGCUCGUUGAGGGAGGGUAUCCGGACCUGGGCGCGUUCGUGCUCGAGGCGUUGAAGGCGGGGAGCAAGGCGAAGGACCCGGAGAGGGCGUGCGACGUCGUGCUCGAGCGGCUCGUACGCGGGAUACCUGCCUUCCGGGACAUGGCAACCGCCCAGGGCCAUCAUAUAUAUUGCUUCAAAAAGGCUCUCCUGACGAUACACUCCAUCGCACGACGGUUCGGCGGCGCAGGAGGCCACUCUUCAUCCUCGAUCCCCGUCCCGCCCGGGACAGACAACCUCCCCAUCUUCGUCGACAACGUCAUCCCCUCGUUGCUCGUCCACCUCGGCGUGAUCGACCUGUCGACGUCGACACCCUCCCUAGGGCUCACCGGCCUCUUCCCUGGCGCUGGAAGUCCAGAAAAGCUCGAAACGCUGUUAGCGGAGGCAGCGGCGCCGACGGACCGACCGAAGGAGAUCCCUGAGGAGGGCCCGGUGCUUACGACGGAGCAGGCGUAUGUCUUGCGCGCCGCCGCGGUCGAUGCCUGUGAGAGGAUGGUGCAGGUUGCGAAGGGGCUGGACACUGGUGGGCGAGAGGACCUGGGGUGGAUGGGGGAGGUGACGGCGCCGGAGGUGGAUGCGUGGUUGUGGGCGGUCGCAAAGGACAGGGCGGACUAUAGGCGGUUGACGCGGUUUGUGCUUAGGGACACGCCAUAUUUCUGA